AAAUAUAUAAUGAUAGAAAAAAGAGGAAAGAAUUAAGAAUAGAAAAAACCUUGAAAACCCUUCUUCUCCGUCUCCUCCCUCCUCCGUUCUUACCUCUCCUUCAUCCUUUUUCUUCUUCUUCUUCUUUGUCGUCGUCCUUUUCUUCUUCCUCCUCCUUACAUUGUUCUUCUUCUUCUUUUAUUCUCCUUCAUCUGUCAUAUAACAUAUAUACUUAUUUAAAAGAGAAGAAACAAACAAAACCCGGAUACUGCAAUUUUGUAGUUUAAUUCGCGCAAUUUGAUUGAAUGGAGAAGGUGAUGGAGAUGAUUUAGUCGAUUGGGUUUUGGCUAAUCGGAUAGCGCGGGCAGGGGGCAGGCAGCAGAAAGCAGCAGAGGCAGCGACAAAAAACCCUAGUUCAGCCUGCGACCGUGUCCUUCAUUAUCCUCCCCAUCGGAAAACCCAAAUUUUCAGGGACAAAAAGUUUCUCGAGUGGAGGAGAAUGGAGGGCAUACCGCAUCCAAUUCCGAGAACAGUUGAGGAGGUUUUUAGCGACUUCAAGGGCAGGCGUGCUGGCUUGAUCAAGGCUCUCACCACUGAAGUUGAAAAGUUCUAUCAACAGUGCGAUCCAGAGAAGGAAAAUCUAUGCCUGUAUGGACUUCCAAGUGAAACAUGGGAAGUUAACCUGCCUGUUGAGGAGGUGCCUCCUGAGCUACCUGAGCCAGCAUUAGGCAUAAAUUUUGCUAGGGAUGGGAUGCAGGAGAAGGACUGGUUAUCACUUGUUGCAGUUCAUAGCGAUUCAUGGUUGCUUGCUGUUGCAUUCUACUUUGGUGCACGCUUUGGUUUUGGCAAGAAUGAGAGGAAGAGGCUUUUCCAGAUGAUAAAUGAUGUCCCAACUAUAUUUGAAGUUGUGACAGGAAAUGUUAAGCAAUCAAAAGACCAAUCUGCCUCUGCUGCUGCCGCUCAUAAUAAUGGCAGCAAGAGCAAAUCUGGUUCGAAGAUGUCACGGCAGCAGGAGUUCCAGACCAAGGGGAAAAAGAUGUCUCCUCCACCGAAAGAGGACGAUGAGAGUGGGGAAGAAGAUGAAGAGGACGAUGAACAGGGAGCUACACUUUGUGGAUCCUGUGGCGAUAGCUAUGCAACUGAUGAAUUCUGGAUAUGCUGUGAUGUGUGUGAGAGAUGGUUCCAUGGCAAAUGCGUGAAGAUUACACCUGCGAAAGCUGAGCACAUUAAGCAGUACAAAUGCCCAAGCUGUAGUAACAAAAGGGCUAGAGUUUGAAAAUUUUAGGUUUUGAAGUUGGGAGGGUGACAUUAGUCAAAAAAAGGCAGUCCAGGUUUACAAGCUUUUGAGGAACCAUUUGAAAGUAAAACAGGAAAGUUAGUGUCAAAUUUAAGUUGAUGUUUAGAAUGUCUGCAGAUGAGAUUUCAACUUUUGAUACUCUUUUUUGUUUCUGUUUUGUUCAAAUCUCUAUGGGAUUGCGUUCUUUAGACAAUGGCUGGCAUCUAAACCAAUAUAUAUUUUCGCAUUUUUCUAAA